UGGCCCUUACCAAAUUCGCAAAUUCGACAUAUGCUUCGCGAACUUCCAGUUGGUUCUACUGAUCAUCCAUUAGGCCCUCUUUGGCAGGCGUUUCAUCCAAUUAAAAUUGAUAAAAGGCUUAAAGCCAAAUGCAUAUUUUGUAAUGCUGAUAAGCCUAUAUCUGGUUCUGCCACAGUAAUGGGCUCUCAUAUUAAAAUAUGUACGAGCAUUCCUUUAGAAGUUUGA